CUAUUAAGUAGUUAUGGUAUUAAAGUCGACGAACUCACUGGUGAUCAUCAACUUAGUCGUGAACAAAUUUAUGAAACACAAGUAAUUGUAUGUACACCAGAGAAAUGGGAUGUGAUUACACGUCGUGGUGGUGAUGAACGAGCUUAUAUACAAUUAGUUAGAUUGAUAAUUUUCGAUGAAAUUCACUUGUUACAUGAUGAUCGUGGUCCAAUACUUGAAGCAAUUGUUGCUAGAACUUUACGUGCUGUUGAAAAUACAUCUGGUUUAGCUGUUUCUAGUGAUAUUGGCGGUGGUGGUGGUGUUCGUCUUGUUGGAUUAAGUGCUACUCUACCAAAUUAUGAAGAUGUAGCAACAUUUUUACGAGUUGACUGUUCAAAAGGAUUAUAUCAUUUUGAUAAUAG